AUGCACAACUUGAAGACGCACAGAGAGAUGUCCCAAAGCAUGUCCAAGAAUAGCAAGAUGGACGGCGAUGGCGUGAUCGGUAUGUCGAACCUGGUUGCAAUUCCUAUGAGAGGCGCGGCGGGUGAUACGGCGUUGAGCAGGAAGAGGGGCUGGCACGAGAAGAUGAUCGAUGAGCACAAACGCAAGGCAAGCAAAGGCGAGCAAAUUAGCAUUAGGAACUACCUCUUAUAG